UGUGAAAGUCCAGUCUACUGACUGGGGCCUAAAUAAUGGAUGUGGGUGCAGUCAGAGGGAGAGAGAGAGUGCUGUUAUCUGAUAUGUGAACAAACUGUCAGCAUGUCUGCAGGCUGUGUGAGGUCACUCUCGGAGACAGCAGAGCACAGACUUGCCACGCAAGAGCAUCCCUAUGAGGGCAGUGAGAUGGACAGACAGAAGCACAGCACUGAGGACAAUCAGCAGGACGAACUGGGACAAAAGAAGCCACGCAGGAAAGACACGCCUGUCCUUAACUCCCCUCCACUCAUACCAGGGGUAAGGUUAAUGAAAGGAGAACCACGCUUGAUUCACUUGGAGGAUGAAGAAAAGGAGGCAAAGAAAUAGAUGUAUUUUUAGACUUUGAAAGUGUUGUAUGCAUCAUAUUUAUUUUACAUUUUAUCGCCUUCUGCAUGUGUUCACAUCUGUCGUAAUGAAUCUUUUGAAAUUUUGUGGUUACUUUUCCAUGUCUCAGAGAUUUAUGACAUAGAAAUACAAAUUUUCUGCAAAAA